GCAGGAGGUGGGGCUGCUGCAACAGCAGAAACAAGCGGGGGGAGGGGGAGAGGGAGAGGUUGAGGUUGUGCUGCUGCUGGUAAGGUACAGCGGGAACAAAUGUUUUCCACAGGCGUUUGUGUGAUGCCGAGAGGGUACGGGGAGCCAGAGCCCGGUGCUAAGGAGGUACGUGGCCAGCUGGAAAAUAGCAUGGUUACGUGCAAGAGCUCUGACGCUACCGGGAAAGUUGUGCAGGGUGCUCAGAUGACGGCGAUGCACGGGACAUUUGCACAUGAUGAGCUCAGUGGUUGGUGCUUUUACACGGGGGUCACUGGCACAAACUUUGUGCAGCUGGUGGAAAAGGCUGCGCUGUCCCGGACAGCCGCUCCCGCGGGAGAUAACGCCGCAGGACCGGAGGAUCAUGCAACGCUGCUGCUGCUUCAGCCCCAAAAUGGACCGCCCAGCUCACAGGCACGGCUCCCCCGGGGUCCCGCUGAACGGCCACAGGCCCAGUUUGAGUCUCGGUACCCGGAUCCCCGGCCCCUAGCGGAACCACCGCCAGGCAACAGCAUCAAUUUAAGAAUCACCCGGUCAGCGCAGGCUGCUGCUGACAUUCCUGCCAGCCAGUCGUGUCCCGCCCCGCCGCCCUGCGAGCCAAUCGGAGACCGGAAUCGGGGCGGAACAAGCAAUGACAAUUCUCCUUGGGACACCGCGACAAGGGAGGGGGAGGAAUGCGCAUGCGCCCUCUCACGAGGGAAGACGAGAAAAUGGAGAUGCUGCAUUCUCAGCCUGCAAUGUCUAUGGCUAUGCGAACAAUCAUAAAAGGAGUGGGGGAAGAACAGUGUUGUGAUGAAGGCACUGCAGGAUAGACCUCUUCUUCCUUACAAAGGUUAUAUGUAUGUUUCUCUUCUCCCACUUUAAGCAGUCUUCAUGAGUACUGAGUACUGACUCAUGAAGACUUGACUUUACUCAUAAAGACCUUCACUUAAUAUAACUGGAUUGGCAAAGUGUGAUUUUAUCACAAGUCUCUCAAUAUUAG